UAUGGGAGAUUGUCUGAUCUCGUGCAUUAUCAAUGACAAAACGGCCGUUUGUAACGGGGCCACUCCUUUUGUUUGUGAAUUUCUGCACAAUGUAUAUUUCUGACGUGCUUGACGUUUUUUUUAUGUCUUCCUAAUUUAAGUACACGAAUGCGGUGAUACUCAUUGCGUGCGGUAGUCGUUGAUACUCAUAGGUUCGAGUAGGAGGUCGAAUCUCAGAAAAAAAUGAUCUGGAUUCUAUUUUUAUUCCUGACUACUGGAAAUGGCCAGUUUACUCAAGAACCGACAGAAUCUACCCCCAGAUUACCAUGGAAUCGUUACGAGGAUAAUUGGGAUCAAAAUACAGGUUUUGGAUUUCGAAAUCCUGCGCAAAAUGAAAACGUCAUAAUUAAAGAAUCCACGUACUUCGUAGUGGCAUCUCGCAUGGUCAGACCAGGUCAGGUGUACCGAAUCGCCGUGAGCAUUCUGCAUAGCCCGUUACCUAUGACAGUACGCUCGUCCAUUCAGCGAAAUGGCGUAGAAAUUGCCACAGAUUACCAAGAGAUUAAGGAGGGCAUACCGGAAACCCUUAUGAUGCGCAUGCCGCCUACUUCAGUGGGUGGUGACUACAAGUUGCGCGUCGAAGGGAUGUACAAUGAUCUAAACGGUGGCCAAGCCUUCUUAAAUGAGACGAAAUUGAUAUUCUCGCAACGUUCCAUGACCAUUUUCAUACAGUUGGACAAGCCCAUGUACAUGCAGGGCGAAACGGUCCGAUUUCGAACAAUCCCAAUAGACACGGAGUUAAAGGCCUACAACAAUCCUGUGGACGUGUACAUGCUGGAUCCGAAUAGAAGAAUCAUGAGACGGUGGCUGAGCAGGCAGAGCAAUUUGGGUACCGUCUCGCUGUCGUAUCAGCUGUCCGACCAACCAGUGUUCGGGGAGUGGAUCGUGCAGGUGAUAGCCCAGAACCAAGUGGAGGAGAAGACGUUCCUGGUCGAGGAAUAUUAUCAGACGCGCUUCGAGGUGAACGUCACGAUGCCGGCGUUCUUCUUCGACAACGAUCCCUACAUCUACGGCAUCGUGCAGGCGAAUUACACGUCGGGUGCGCCGGUGAGAGGUAACUUGACUCUGAAAGCCAGCUUUAAACCGCUGGAUCGAACGCGCAUUCCUGCCAUGGCGAUCGAGCCGGUCGAGAGGUAUUUCAACUUCAACGAGCUGUACCCGGCGUGGUUUAGGCCGCUGAACUUCUUCGACGAGCGCGUGCCGGUACUGAGAUUCUUCAACGGCACGUACCACUUCCGGUAUCCCAUGCAAGAACUGUUGAACUUCGUUCCAACCGUUGACGGGAUGGAGGUCACCGUUAUCGCGACGGUAGGCGAAAGAUUCCUGGACGAAGUGAUCGUCGGUUACUCGACCGCGAGGAUCUUCAAUUCCACCACGAAGGUGCGUUUCCUCGGCGGCAGUCCGCAGGUGUUCAAACCAGGGAUGCCGUUCUCGCUCAACCUGGUCGCGUCCUUCCACGACAACUCACCGCUGCGGCCUACGCAGCUCAGGGGGGCCGUGAUGGAGAUUCGCGCGGACAUCGAAAUGCGAGCGGGCGGACGGCGCAGUAUCGAUACCCAGUACUUACGGGCGUCGCCGGAACACGCAGAUGUGUGGUCCGUUAAGAUGGACCUGAGGAAGCAGCUGCGGCUGGAGAACGACGCCGAUCACGCCAAUCAGAUUCUGAACGACAUCACUUCCAUGCGGAUCUAUGCGCACAUCACCGACGGCGAGGGUUACAGGGCACAAACCGAGUUGCUGCUGCUCGCGCACGAGUCGCCGAACAUGAAGCACAUCAAGAUCUCGACGUCCACCGAGAAGCCCAAGGUCGGCGAGUACAUGGUGUUCCACGUGCAAACCAAUUUCUACAUCGAUGCCUUCAACUACAUCAUCAUGUCCAAGGGUAUCAUACUUCUGGCCGGAGAUGACAAUAUGCAGCACAACAUCAAGACUUUCGCGAUACCUCUGAGCCCAGAAAUGGCUCCUGUUGCGACAGCGGUGGUGUAUUACGUCGGUCGCUACGGCGAGGUCGUGGCGGACUCGCUGACGUUUCCGGUGAACGGUAUCUCGCGCAACAACUUCACCGUGUUCAUCAACAACAAGAAGGCGAGGACAGGCGAGAGCGUCGAGGUAGCGAUCUACGGCGAGCCUGGCGCCUACGUCGCCUUGUCGGGCAUUGACCGGUCAUUCUACACGAUGCAGGCGGGGAAUGAGCUGUCGUACGCGAAUGUAAUCACAAAGAUGGCACAUUUCGAUGAGGAGACCAACGGGACUCAUUCUCACGCUUGGCAGUACCACGACGGCGAUCCGGACGAGAUCGUGUACUUCCCGUCGUCGACCUUCGGCAUCGACGCCAAUCGUACAUUCGACUACAUCGGCCUGGUCGUCUUCACGGACGCUGUGAUACACCGGCGACCCGACAUCUGCAAUCGAACCCAGGGAUACGGCGAGUGCCUGUCUGGUCGAUGCUACAGGUUGGACAAGAGGUGCGACGGCAUAUUCGACUGCGAGGACGGUACGGACGAGGCGCGAUGCGUCGAGCGAAACGCUACCGAUCUGGCGCACUUCCGCAAAUGGCGUUUCAACCGAAUCCAGCGGCAUUAUGAGAACGUUUGGCUGUGGAAGGACAUCAACAUCGGCCCGCACGGCCGACAGAUCUUCAACCUGGACGUGCCGCGUAGGCCGGUUCAUUGGAUGGUCACCGCGUUUAGCAUGUCGCCCAGUAUUGGCUUCGGCAUGUUGCCGAAGGCGCUCGAGUACACCGGAGUCCUGCCGUUCUAUAUAAACGUGGAAAUGCCAACUCACAGCAGGCAGGGCGAGCAGAUCGGCAUCCGUGUGUCCGUCUUCAAUUACAUGCGGUACAACAUUGAGGCGACGGUGGUUCUGGCAGGCUCCAACGACUAUAAAUUUAUCCACGUCGAGGACAAUGGCAUCGUGCAGUCGUACAAGCCGCGCACCACUUUCGGCGAGCAUCAGUUCUUCAUCUGGAUUCCGGCGCAAGACGCCAGUAUCGUCUAUCUGCCUAUCGUGCCGGUGAGGCUCGGCGAUAUCAAGGUUCACAUUUAUGCGACCACCCUGAUCGGCAGAGACUCGGUAACCCGCAACCUGCACGUCGAAGCCGACGGUGUACCGCAGCAUCGGCAUCAGUCGAUUCUGCUGGAUCUCAGCAACCGCGCCUACGUGUUCCAAUACAUGCACGUCAACAUCACCGAAACGCCGAUCAUACCCUACGACGAGAACCGUUACUACGUGUUCGGGUCGAACAAGGCGACCAUCAGCUUGGUUGGCGACGUAGUGGGGCCAAUCUUCCCGACGAUGCCGGUGAACGCGACCAGCCUCAUGAACCUACCCAUGGACUGCGCCGAGCAGAAUAUGUUCAGCUUCGCCGCGAACAUGUACACCACCCUGUACAUGCGCCUGAUCAACCAGCGCAAUCGCACGCAGGAGAAGGAGAGCUUUUAUUACAUGAACAUCGGUUACCAGAGGCAAUUGUCGUUCAUGAAUCCCGACGGUUCCUUUAGCUUCUUCCGCACCGACUGGAACCAAUCGAUGCCGAGCGUUUGGCUGACGGCGUUCUGCGCACGAGUUUUCCAGGAAGCCAGCUUUUACGAGUGGGAGAACUAUCUGUACAUCGAUCCCGAGGUGAUCGCCCAGGCAGUCUCGUGGAUACUGAAGCACCAGACACCGGAAGGCGCGUUCUACGAAGUGACCUGGCUGCCAGACCGGAAGAUGAACAGUUCUCUCAACUACAGAAACGACAUAAUCGUCCAUCGGAACAUCAGUCUUACCGCACACGUGCUCAUCACGUUAGAGAGCGUCAAGGAUCUCACUGGCGGCCUGGGUUCUCAGGUAGCUCUGUCCGCGGCCAAGGCGAUCAGGUGGUUGGAACGGAACCUGAAGCUGUUGGAGGAGCGCGGCAAGCCGUACGAAGUGGCGAUCGUAGCCUACGCACUCCUAGUGGCGAAAGCCUCCACUGCCGAGCAGGCAUUCAACAUUCUGGCCAGGCAUGCUCGCAGGGAGGGCGGGUUAACGUACUGGGGCAGAGAGCAGGUGCCUCUUCCUCCGUAUAAGCUAGAGAACCAGAAGCCUUUCCUCUUGCCGCGCUUGCCGUACAAGUACGACUCGGAGAACAUAGAGACUACCUCGUACGCGUUGCUCGUUCACGUCGCCCGACAGGAGAUCAUGAUAGAGCCGAUAGUAAAGUGGCUGAAUGCGCAGAGACUGACGGAUGGCGGCUGGGCGUCCACGCAAGACACCGUGUGGGCAAUGAAGGCGCUGAUGGAGUACACCGUGAGGUCGAGAAUCAGGGAUGUCAGCUCGCUUACGGUAACCGUCGAGGCUACCGCACUGCCGGGACAGACCAAGACGUUGACCGUGAAUGACAAGAAUCUGGCGAAGCUCCAAACCAUUGAGAUACCGGAAGCAUGGGGAACUGUGAAAGUACAGGCAAAGGGCGCGGGUUAUGCCAUCUUGCAAAUGCAUGUGCAAUAUAACGUAGACAUAAAGAGAUUCCAAACGCAACCGCCAAUCAAAGCCUUCGAUCUAAUCACCAGAGCAAACUUCCAUGGCAGAAAUCAGUCUCAUAUCUCGUACCUUAGUUGUCAAAGAUGGACGAAUGUCAAUGAGUCUGCACGUUCUGGCAUGGCUGUGCUGGAUGUAGCCAUUCCAACUGGCUACAUAAUCCAACAGCAAACGUUGGACCGAUAUAUUCUGUCGAAACAAGUGAGGAAUCUUCAGAGGGCGCGUUUCCAAGAUAGAAAAAUACUCUUUUACUUCGAUUACUUGGACACCGAAGAGACAUGCGUGAACUUCACGAUAGAACGUUGGUACCCGGUCGCGAAUAUGUCGCGAUACCUUCCCAUUCGUGUUUACGAUUACUAUUCACCAGAGCGCUUUAACGAAUCUAUAUUCGAUGCACUGCCUACGUACACCUUAAAUAUAUGCGAGGUCUGCGGUAGUUCGCAGUGUCCCUACUGCCCAAUUUACAAUGCCGCUACGCUUUUAGCCACACCGGCAGGCUUCCUGCUUAUCGCAUCGCUGCUCGUCACAAUAACGAGGUAUUUCCGAACGCAACAAUUCAGUGAUGGCUAGCGAUAAAUGCAAAGAGGUAAAAACACAUUGAAUCCAUCCGUUUCUAUCGCUGUAGCUUGUCUUUGCUAACGGAGCGUAAAGAUGGUACGACAAAUGAAUUGUAUCACGUGCUCAAGCAUGUCGUUUCCAAAAGAUCGGAAAAAGAAAGAUCUGGUUUUAAAGAAUCUCAUGUAAAAAUAUUAAUGCCGUAGAAAGUGAAUUAUAAAACAAUUUUAAUCUCUCUUUUUUUUUUAACCGGUGAAAGCAAUUAAUAAUUUCAUUAAUAAUUUGUGCUUUUGCAUACAGAUGCUAGAAUGAUAAAGAUGGCAAAGAUGAAAAUGCAAAUUUUGUUGAGUUUAUCUUGAAGACUUUAAAAAGAAUACUGUUUAGAAGAUGAGAUGAGAACGAUUAAUCUCUUAUUACUAACUCGUCUAAAAGAUUGCAUCCGGCAGAACGUACAGCGCGCAUAUUUAUCACGUCAUAAGGUGGUACGCGGUCCAAAGUAAUCCAACGAAAGAAUAUUGACGCAAUUUCGGGCGUUUUGCACACUGUGCGAUUUAAUAUGUACUGUUAACGAUUACUAUUAAUUUUUAUAAAUAUUAUAUUAUAUCCGUCCUUUCCUGUUCUUAAGAAGCAUAAAAUUGUUAGGGCAUUGUACUCUUUGAGGCAAAGCAUCUCAAGUACAAAUCAAGCGUAAUAAUCGCAACCGCCUAUUUCUUACAUGCGAGGCCGUCAAUUAUUUUCGUAAUGUAAUUAUAUUAAUCAUGCUUGUUAAUAAUUGUUAUCAAAAUACUUAACGACAAAUGUGUGUUCGUAGCGAUUAAAAGACAUGUAUCGGAAAGAAUAUGUUACGCGUAUCAAAGUUUCCAAUUGAUGAAUAAGUUGUAAAUCACUUCUCCCCAAACUUCUCCUCUUUUUUUUUUCCUUUAAUAGCGUUUUCAUCUUAAAGUUCAUUUUUUAAUAUCCUUUAUUAUUCUUACUAUUUAUACCAUUCACGAAUUGCUAUUCGCGGAUAACACGUUCGUUAACUGAUUUUAUAAUUAACUUUUAUUAUUCCUCGAUCCUCGAUAUAAAGUCAAUCAAACAAGAUACACGAGACGUUAAUGUGAUCGGUAAGGCGUGUAUAUAGUAGAGUAGAAAAUAUAAGCAUGUACCAAUUUAAUUCAAAAUCGAGUAACUGACAAUGCGUGUACCAUUAUUCGUUGCUAGUACUGAUAAUAUUUAUUCCGGUUUUGUUCAUCACUUAACAGACAAAAAGGACAGAAUUAUUUUAUCAAUACUAGUUGUGAAUAAUGUUACAAAGUUAAUAAUCAUAUCAUUUAGUUUAUAUACAGAAUGUCCUUUACUUCAUUCAUUACACGUGAGAGGAAGAAAUAAAGAUAUCUUCAGCUACUUCUUUUCUUGAUAUUACUUUUAUUUUAAAAAAUGACUAAAUGAAAUGAUUAUGAAAUAAAGAUAUGUUCAAAAAUACUUUACAAAAUGCUUGAAUCAAUUGGUUUAAAGUACUAUUUCUUUUUAUUAUAAAUAUCUCAGGAAUUUAAUAUUAAUAAUAUGUAUUGCGCGCAAAGUUUAGGACAUUCUGUAUAAAUUAUAAUAUUCUUGUGUGAAUCACUGGGAUUCUAUAUCCGAUAAUUAGUGCCUCAAGAGAUAUAUAUUUACAUUUGUAUAAAAAUAUAUAUAUAUAUAUAUGUAUGUAUGUUUUUUAAGCAUACGUCGAAGAUCUAUUUUAAUAUUAUAGCACGUAUAUAUACAAAAAUAGAUAUGUAUAUGAUACACAUAAAGUCUAAGUUGUAGUUAGCGUAAUCAGACACGCGCCAUCGGUGCUGCAAGAGCUUCGAUCUUGGAUUUUAUCACAUCAUUAUCGCGAAUCAGCAAAUCACAUAUCUGCUAGAAUGCAUCUAUGUGCGCGUGGCACCUCAAGAUACCGUCCAUGCAAAGAAGUCUGUUUUCAUAGUACCGUGAAACGCUAAAGUAUUUUAACCGAUAAACCGUCCAAAUUGCGAAGCGACCUUCGCGCGAUCAAUCUUUAGACUUAAGAAAACUUAUAUUUAACACACGUUGAAUAUACAUUCUUUUUUAAGUUUUUUAACCUUUAUAUAAAUGAACAAUAAAAAGAUAUUUCACAUA